AGUGCUUACGAGUUGCUGCAUGCAUUGGUGGCAACAGUCCAACGGCCGACGACAACAGCAAUCCCUCCUCCCUCUCGACCAUCACCAUGAGGGUCUUCGCUAUUAUCCUUGCACUUGCUGCUGCCAGUGCCGCGAACCCUCUCUUGUUUAAGGAAAGUGAACAGCGUCCUCUCGGGUUUCAGCAACAGACUCAUCCCGGCUUCGAUCUCGACCUCAAUGAACGCCGCUUAAUUCAACUGGAGGGUCAAGAGCCUGUCUGGAUUACCGAACUUGAGAAGAUCGGCUUGAAAGCUCAGGGUGUCAAUUUCUUUGAUAUUACAGAUACCCCAAAUCUUGGUCUGUCGGCUCGCCUACGCUCUGGCUUCAAACCCGACUUCCCAUCGCCCAAUGCCUCGGAACUCGUUGUUCCCGUUCUGAACACCCUGUCUUCUGACGGCCCCUUCGAGAACUUGAAAGCAUUAACAAGCUUCAGAACCAGAUACUAUCGCAGUGACACCGGCCGACAAAGCCAACAAUGGUUGCUAUCGAAGAUUUCUGAGAUCACGUCCCAAUAUGCUCCGACGUCUCUCCAGCAGAAUAUUUCUAUUGGCGAAUUCUCUCAUUCUUGGGGCCAGAAUUCUAUCAUUGUCAGAAUCAACGGUUCUUCCGCCACUGAUGACAGUGUAGUCAUUGUCGGCGCCCACCAGGACAGCACGAACAUGUGGCCCUUCCUCCCCGCUCCUGGUGCCGAUGAUGACGGCUCUGGCACUGUGACUAUCCUAGAAAGCUAUCGUGCAUUGAUAUCUGCCAAUUUCCGGCCUAUCCGAUCGGUAGAAUUCCAUUGGUAUGCGGCAGAAGAAGGUGGCCUGCUCGGUAGUGCUGCUGUUGCCCAGGCUUAUGAGGCUCGCUCAGCUCAUGUUUACGCUAUGAGCCAAUUUGACAUGACGGCCUGGGUGAAGAAGGGGACUAGAGAAGAAGUUGGUGUAAUCACGGAUUAUGUAGACCCAAGUCUUACGACGUUCAACAAGAAGCUUGUUGAAGAAUACUUAGAUAUUCCCUAUGUCGAAACUCAAUGCGGCUACGCAUGCAGUGAUCAUGCCUCGUGGGGCAAGGCUGGUUAUCCCAGCAUCUUCAGCAUCGAGAGCUCCUUCGGGAAUUCCAAUAAGUUCAUCCACAGUACCAGGGAUACAUAUGAUGUGUCCGAGGAGUUCAGUUUCUCGCACAUGCUAGAAUUCAGCAAGUUGGCAGUCGCCUUCGUAAUUGAGUUGGCCGGAUGGUCAAAGGACUCGGCAUAAGGACCUCACACCGCCUUGGACUUGGGACUUGUUUAGAAGACGUGAAUUCUUGCUUCUAUCAUUCUUGAUAUGCCCAAUGAAUUGACACGAUGUAUGACUCUGCUGGUAUGCUAUUACGAUAUAUGUUCUGGCCCAAAUACCCUUUACAAGCGAAAUGAGUUACCGCUGUCUUGAGGCUCC